AUGGCAUCUCCCGCAGUUGGGUCGUACUCGAACCCGAUGAAGAAGUUCAAACUUGUGUUUCUUGGUGAACAGAGUGUCGGCAAAACCUCAUUGAUUACCCGGUUUAUGUACGACUCGUUUGACACCACGUAUCAAGCCACUAUUGGCAUCGAUUUCCUCUCAAAAACCAUGUACCUCGAGGACCGCACGGUGCGGCUACAAUUAUGGGACACAGCUGGUCAGGAGCGUUUCCGCUCCCUCAUUCCCUCCUAUAUUCGAGACUCCUCUGUUGCAGUGGUGGUGUACGAUAUAUCAUCCAAAAAGACCUUUGAACAAACGCGCAAAUGGAUUGACGAUGUGCGGGGCGAACGAGGCAACGAUGUAAUCGUCGUUCUGGUCGGAAACAAGACCGAUUUGGGUGAUAGCAAGAGAGAAGUCACCACCCAACAGGGUGAGGAGGAAGCCAAGCGCUCAAACGCCAUAUUCAUGGAGACCUCUGCAAAGGUUGGUCAUAAUGUCAAGGCUCUGUUCCGGAGGAUAGCACAGGCUUUACCCGGCAUGGAUGCAGAGGGCGAGAAUCAGCCCAAUCCACAGAUGAUCGAUGUCUCGAUAAACAACCAAAAACCGGCCGAAGAUGGGUGCGCUUGUUAG